AUGUCAGAAUUAAGUACCGCCGAAUUGGCAGAAGUACUCGCCAAAAUCGUCAUAAACGAGAUCAAUAAAACCUUCCAAGAACCCAACCAUUCGUUAUCCGCCCCACCUCCACCACCUCCUCCUCGCCCCACUACAACCACCACCACCCCUGUCUCUCUCGAAUCAAUCGCUAACGAUUAUAUCGACUUCACAUACAAAAACCCGACAAUCUACCACGUAGUCAACCACUUCAAGACCAAACUCCAAUCCCAUGGGUUCACCUACCUCGACGAAUCAUCCAAUUGGUCCUCCCUCACCUCUAAACCCGGGAAAUAUUUCACAAUCAGAAAUGGAACUUCGAUAGUCGCAUUCAAAUUCAGUAAAGAUUGGAAACCCCAUAAGGGAAUCGGUAUUAUUGGAUCACAUAUCGAUGCGUUAACUGCGAUCUUGAAGCCAAAUUCAACCAAGGCUGACGUUGAGGGAUAUGAAUUAUUAGGAGUGGCACCCUAUGGAGGCACAUUGGGGGAUGUAUGGUGGGAUAGGGAUUUGGGUAUUGGUGGGAGAUUAUUAGUUAAGAAGAAGGAUGGAAAGGUUGAGCAGGUGUUGGUUGAUAGUAGUCCUGCUCCGAUUGCACAUAUUCCGACAUUGGCACCACAUUUUGGUACUCCGGCCGUGGGACCGUUUAAUAAAGAAACCCAAGCUGUUCCUGUAAUUGGAUUUCAUGGGGAUGGUGAAGAGGAUGGGCCUAGUGAGGAAGAGAAGAAGGCGCCAUUGUAUGGGAAACAUUCUUUGAAAUUGUUGAGAUAUAUUGCCAGACUUGCCGGUGUUGAAGUUUGGGAUAUUCUUCAAUGGGAUCUUCAAUUAUAUGAUGUCCAGAAGGGGACAAUUGGAGGACUUAAUAAUGAAUUUAUUUUCGCGCCCAGGGUUGAUGAUAGGGUUUGUUCAUAUGCUGCCAUGAAUGCGUUGAUUGAAUCUGCGGAUGAAGGACUGCUUGCUGAUGAUUCAUUUUCGAUUGUGGCAUUGGUUGAUCAUGAAGAGAUUGGAUCUGCAACUAGACUGGGGAUCAAAGGUGGAUUAAUCGAGAUGGUAGUUUCAAGAAUCAUCGACAGUCGAUUCUCCGACGAACGAGAUAUUCAAGAGCUUUUGAGAUUAACUUAUGCCAAUACAAUUAUCCUUUCGGCCGAUGUUAUUCAUUUGGUGAACCCCAAUUUCACUAGUGUAUAUUUAGACCACCAUAAACCCGUCCCCAACAAGGGAGUCACUAUUUCAUUAGAUCCUAAUGGACAUAUGGCAACUGAUUCGGUUGGAUUAGCAUUUGUUGAAGAAUUAGCCAGACGCAAUGAUGACCAAUUACAAUAUUUCCAAAUUAGAAAUGAUUCUAGAUCAGGUGGGACAAUUGGACCCCUGAUUAGUUUACAAACUGGAGCAAGAACAAUUGAUUUGGGUAUACCUCAAUUAUCUAUGCAUUCUAUUAGGGCAGCUUUGGGGAGUAAAGAUGUUGGAUUGGGGUUGAGGUUUUUUAAAGGAUUCUUUAAGAAUUGGAGAAAGACUUAUGAUGAGUACAGUGGGUUGUAA